UGUGGCCUGGAGGCGGAGUGCAGCGACUGUGGGGGAGAGGAUGUGUAAGUAUUAACACACCCAACUUCAGUCACACAUUCAAAAGUGUACAGGAAAAGGCGUCUGGAGACUAGCAGGAAACAGGAACAACAUGGAGUUGGAAGGGAUGGCGGGAUGGGCAGAAGAGACUGAGGAACCUGAGAAAGAGUCUCCACCUGCAACUUGUUGGGAUAAAUUCCAUACCACUAUUUCCAACUGGAUGCUUCCCACAGACCUCAGAGACAAGUAUCUGGAAAGAGCAAACUGUUUGCCACCUCCUAUUUUCAUUAUUUCCAUCAGCAUUACCGAGCUGGCUGUGUUUAUAUACUAUGCUGUUUGGAUGCCACAGAAACAAUGGAUAACUCUGGAUACCGGUGUAUGGGAUAGCCCCUUUAUUUACCGUCCAGAUAAGCGAGAGCAGGCAUGGCGAUUUAUAUCUUAUAUGUUGGUUCAUGCAGGAGUACAGCACAUCAUUGGCAACUUAUUACUCCAGCUUUUUCUUGGAAUCCCAUUGGAGUUGGUUCACAAAGGACAUCGGAUCGGAUUGGUGUACCUAGCUGGCGUCAUUGGAGGGUCUCUUGCCAGUUCCAUCUUUGAUCCCUACCUAGCUCUGGUUGGUGCCUCUGGGGGAGUCUAUGCCUUAAUUGGGGGCUACUUUAUGAAUGUCAUAGUGAAUUUCAAAAAUAUGGUACCGCUGUUUGGAAUUUUUAGAAUAUUGGUCAUUGUAGUUAUAGUUGGGACUGAUGUAGGAUUUGCCCUCUUCAGGAGAUAUAUUUCUAAAGUUGCUGGCCCAAAGGUCUCGUUUGUAGCGCACUUUGCUGGAGGACUUGCUGGAAUGUCUAUUGGUUACACAGUUUUCAGCUCCUUUGACAAAAACCUGAUAAAAGACCCCAGAUUCUGGAUCUGCAUCGCUGCCUACGCUGCUUUUCUGAUUUUUGCUGCAUUGUUUAAUAUAUUCUUGUCUCCAGCGCCAUAAACUUUUUUCAGAUUCCUAAGAAGAGAUUUGUACAUGUUUUUUUUUUUUUAUAUAUAUUGCCAUCAUUAGUUCUUGGAUGGUCCAACUUUUAUUGCUGUUACACAAAUCCGCUAAAUAGACAAAUUGAAAAAAAAUGGAUUGUCUAUGAAGGUCCAGCCAGAGAGGAGACAAGGCUAAGUACUAAGCAAUGUGUCCUCCAAUAUGGUAUCGUAACAAUAGUGGAUUAAACUUUCCUCAUCUCUGACAUGGAUGGAGCACUUAUGUUCUCUCAACAAUUAAAAGGAUCAUCAAAAUUUUAAAGGCGUUGCAAAACAUAAAACCUCAUGACCUAUUUUUCUGCAUUGUAUUAUGUAAGCCAUUAUUUGUCGUUUUACUUGAAGAACUGUUUAGUCUUCUUUCUCAACAAUGUUUUGAUAUGUCUGGACAAGUACAGUAGGUGUCAAGAAGGCUGUGUAAAUUGCAUGAUGUGGCUUAUAGCUGACGGACUGUGAAGUGCUGCAUAUCAGUAAUAUGUUUGUACUAUGUAAAUAUGGAAUUCCAAAGUCCCUAACAAACAAUAACAUUGAGGCCUCUUCACAUCUCUGCAUUCCUCUACAUUAGAACAGCUUUAAUAAGUGCUCACUGUGCGGCAAUAUUAUAUCAUGACAAUAUUAUAUCCUGAAGCAAGAAGUGCUAAAGACUUUUUGUAUUUAGGUAGGUGUUUUAUUUUUAAUUCCCCAGUAAAGAACUGCAUAUUUGAGGAAUGGACUAAUUUUAAGUGUUGGUCAAGUGUAUUACAAAUUCUAAAGCUUCUUUACACUUACAGUAAUACACUGAUGAUCCCAGAAGGAUCAUUUUAUAAACAUGUUUACAUUGUGAUUAUGUUAUUAAAACCUGAAAGGAUGUCAA